AUGAGACGCAAUGAGCUCCGUGAGUUCCUGCGAGGAAGGGAGGAGGAAAACGAGCGCGCCCGUGACGCCGUUCUCGACGCCUUGCGGGAGGAGUACAAAGAGCUGUUGGCAAGCAAACUCGCUGCUAUCACGUGGCAGGUGGAACAGCACUGCCGUGGAGCUGCGGCUUCCCGGGCUGCGCCUGCCGCGCCUUCUCCCGCGCCCGCGGAGGACGUUGGCCCUGGGGCCCGCGCCGCGGUGGUGCGGCACCGCUGCCGCAAAGUGGCGCCCCUGCCAUGCGUUUUCCCCGAGCAAAGCGCCACGGCGAUGUCUCCUAACCCGCAGCAGUCGGCGGCACUGCGCCGCCGCGGGCUCGCGCGCCACGCCGUUGUAGCGACCGGGGCAGAAGUCCUUGCGGAAGCGCGAGGCCCCUCCAAGACGGGAGGGGCGACACGCACGCAGAACCCUCCGGCGGCGGCGGCGGCUGACCGCCCAACCGCCCACGACAGCCAACGCACUCCUACUGAGCUUAGCGCGUCGCGGACGCGAGCGGUCUCCGCCGCGGGCAACGACGAGGAGGGGGAAGGCUGGGAGACCGACGCGGGUGACGACAGGGCGGCAACUGCGUUGGCCGCCCCACCGCCGCGUGAGGCGUCGCCGUGCUCGUCGCCGCGCACAGAUGCAGCCUGGCCUCCAGACACUUGUGCACGUUCGCCAGAGGCAGCCGCUACCACGCUGGCGCGAGCCCCCGCCGUGCAGCUGCGGAAGAUGCCGACAGAUGAAAUAAUCAAGGCGCAGCUCAAGAGCAAAAUUGCUGCCCUCUACAACGACGCCGUGGACACGCGUCGCCCUUGUUCGCCGAAGGGGGGCGGCGUGGGAAGCUAA